AUGGAAGAUCGGAUAGAAGGAGAGGAUCUUUAUCUCAUGCCCGUGGUAGAUCCCCCUCCCCAUCAUCAUCAUCAUCAUCGUCAUCAGGAGGAGCAGCAGGAGCAGCAGGAGCAGCAGGAGCAGCAGCAGCAGCAGCAGAUGGGGCCCCUCAAUGGGGGGGGGGCCCCCAAUGAUCAACAACAUAUAGAGGGAGGGGGCAUACAGGGGGGGCCCCAGGGGGGCCCCACAACUCACCAACAUAAGACACAAGGUGAACCUGGGGAAUCUCCUGCAACUAAUCAUACCAGCAGCAGCAAUUGCAGUAACAGCAGCAACAGCAGCAGCAACAGCAACAGCAGCAGCAGCAUGUGUCUUAGGGAAGAGGAUAGGGAGAGAGUUCUCAAGAAAUUAUCCUCUAUACAAGAAAGGAGACACAUUUGUUCCUUUUGCUGCUCCUCUCUUAUUUCUUCAUCAAGAAAAGGGGACCUUAUUGGUACCCUAAAUGUAUGGGGGGGCCCUAGGGGCCCCCAGAUGUCAUGUAGUGAUGCUGCAGCAGCAGCAACAGCAGAAGCAGCAACAACAAUGGAGGUUUUGCUGCUGGGAGGACAUGCAGCCCACCGCAGAUGGGAAAGCUGCGAGCCUGCUGCUGAGAGGCAACGCAGGCAGCACCAGCACCAGCAGCAGCAGCAGCAGCCCGUCACUCCCCCUGCAGACUGCAGCAGCAGUAGCAGCAGCAAUAGUAGUAGUAGCAGCAGCAGCAGCAAUGCAUGCAGCGAUCUGGCCAACAAGUGGCCUGGCAAUCGCUCGGUGUUUGUGGCGGCGCUGCAGCCGCAACAGUGCAGCAGCAGCAGCAGCAGCAGUACAUCUGAGGCCAGCUUAGAUGGAAACCUUGUGUGCAGCAGCAGCAGCAGCAGCAAUAGCAGCAGCAGCAGCAGCAAUAGCAGCAGCAGCACCAACAGGUCCACCAUGAGGGGUUCUGCUAUAGGGGGUCUCUUUUUUACUGAGGAAAUUUCCCUUCGUUUCCGCAGCAGCAACAGCAGACGCACAGCAGCAGCAGCAGCAGCAGCAACAGAAGCAGAAGCAGCAACACAAGCAGCAGAAGCAGCCAAGGCAGCAGAAGCAAAAGAAGCAACAGGAGCAACAGAAGCAGCAGAUGCAGCAGAUGAAGAAGCAGACACAGCAGCAACAGCAGCACCAGAAGACGGAUCCAGUGGGGAGGAACCUACUGGGAAGCCAGCAGCAGCUGCAGCAGCGAAAGCAGCAGCAACAGCAGCAGCACCACCAGCAGCAGCAGCAGAAAAGAUUCUUGUUGCAGCAACAGAGUUGCCGCUGCCCUGCGAGGUCCUUGCGGGCCCCACAAUGCUGCGGAUAGAGAUGCCUCCCCUUGUCAAUUAUAUUAGCAGCAGCAGCAACAGCAGCAGCUGCUGCAGCAACAGCAGCAGCAGCAGCAGCAGGAGGGCUGCUUCCCUUCCAUCGCUGCGUAUCUCUGUGUUGCCGUGUGUCCGCAUGUGGGUGUCAGGGGAGGCAGCAGUAGAAGCAGCAGCAGCAGAAGCAGCAGCAGCAACGGGAGAAGCAGCAGUUGCUGCUGCUGCUGCUGCAGCAGCAGCAGGACGAAGGUAUCGAACAUAUCGAGUGGCAGUUGCUGCUGCUGAAGGUGGCGGGGUGUCUGUCAUUGAAGAGGAUGCUGCUGCUGCUGCUGCUGCUGCUGGAAGGGGUGAAGAGGAUACAGCUGCUGCUGCUGCUGCACGCAAAGCUGCAGCAGAUGAGCAGCAACAGCUGCAGCUGCAGCAGCAGCAGCAGCUGAUGCUGGUGCGGCAGCUAGAGAGGAAGCAGAAAUUAAGUAAGAGAGAAAGAGCAGAGCUAAAAAAGGCAAAGAAAUUACAGAGAGAAUUGUUUCGUGCCGAACGGAGACGAGGAGCGAACAUCACUUCUUCCCCAACCAAGGAGGGGGGCCCCUCAAGGGCUCCCGAAGGGGGCCCUCCUCAGGGGGGCCCCCUAGGGGCCCCUCAGGGGGGGGCCCCUGAAGGGGAAAAGGGUUUAGAUGAUUUGGCCGAAUUAACGAGAAGACUGUUGGCUGUCUAA